ACCUUCUCCAGAUGGAUCGGCUCCUCACCUUGGCAGGAAACCCAUAUAUGGGCAUGUAUUUUUGAGGCUCCAGCAUGCUAAUUUCCACUUCCUUGACAUUAUCGUCUGACAAGCUUCAAUAGCGCGGUUUCUUCCUCAUGCUCGUUCAUGAGACGCGCAUGCAUCGUCUGCAUCCUCUUAAACCAAUUGGAUACAAACCAACAACUAGACCGCUUGCGUAACUAGUUCUCGCCGUUCUCCUGGCUACAGCACAAUAUUGGCCCAUAUUUGGCAGUAGAGCUCCCACAACCCUUUACUGCCGCAUCACUACUGAUCGGAUGAACACUCGGCUCUCUGAAUCCUUGGCUCUUUGUGCCCUGUGUUACAAGUGGCCGAGUUAAGAACUGGAGUUAGAAACUGGAGGGGGAAACUGCAGUCCCACUAUGAGCAAUUACUGAAACCUGGUUAUCAUCUUCUGACACUGCUUCUAUUGCUGCUCUCACGCACGGUGGUCUCCACUUUAGCCACACACCUAGGCCAGCAUGGACACCCCAUAUCUCCAACCCUCGUCUCUAAUGCAACACAAGCAACAUGCUAAGAAUAUUAUACAAGUCUUGUCCCUGUAUGGCUUCAUUACUGAUUCGUACAUUAUUGAGUUUUUUACUGACAAUCUUUGGGAAAAACUUCCAGACUCAUGGAGGUCAGCAUUAUCGGGCCUGUCUUCACCUGAACUGGCUGACGAACUGCUAUCUAACAAAGAUCCUAAGACUUUUAGGUCAGUGUGGCCACUAAGCCUUUUAACUUUGAAGGCAGCAGCACAUUAUUUGGCUUUCUCCAGAAUACCACUUCAUGAAGCUGACAAUACCCAUCAGAAAAUGCCACCCGAAUUCCAGUCUAAUUGUAGCCAGAGCUGCAUGCUGGCACCUCUUUUUCGGAAGCAUGUUAAGCCGAAAAAACAGCAUGAAAUUAGGCAGCUUGGUAAGCUAGUGAACAAAUUGAAGGCAAUCACAGCCUGUGAUCAAGUUGUGGACAUUGGUUCUGGGCAGGGUCACUUAUCAAGAUUUUUAUCUUUUGGUCAAGGACUGUCAGUCACAGCUGUGGAAGCCGAUAAAAAUCUGGUAACAAUGGCAAUUAAAUUUGACCAACAUCUGAUGUACAUGCUCCAAAAAGAAAAGGAAAGGUCAUCAAAGAAUGACAUAUGCCAAGCUAAUAACAUCAUUUCAGCAAAACCACCAAGACAUGUGUUAGCAUGGGUGGAUCCAAUGGAAUCCUGGGAAGAUCUGCUGAUGAAAUUAGAUUAUACAUAUACUGAACAGGAAAAUAUGAAGUUCAACCAAGCAGGAGAUUUGAGCCAAUCUGUGGAAGGAUCAGGAGAGACUGUGCUUAGUCCUGAAAAAAACAGACAAAGUCCUUAUGGAUUUAAUGACUGCCACAAUUUUAAUAUGGGAAUACAUUCAAGUCAUUUUUCAAACUCUGCGAGAACUUCAGUUUUGCAUAAGUUUUUGCUAACUGGGCUACAUGCAUGUGGUGACCUAAGUGUGGCUAUGUUACGCCACUUUGCAAGGUGCCCAAGUGUUGUUGGGAUAACAUCAGUUGCAUGUUGUUACAUGAAGAUAAGCACUCCUGAGCUACCACAACCACCUGGAGUAUUGUCAGCCUCACACUUAGGCAAGACCACACAGCCAGUAGAGUAUGGUUAUCCCAUGAGCUCUUGGGUAGCUCAGUUACCAGGACACAAGUUGUCAUACAAAGCCCGUGAAGUUGCAUGUCAUGCCAUAGAGGAUUACACAGAGCGACUGCAAAAUGAGAGCACUAUCUUAAGAACUCAUUGCUACAGAGCUGUGCUUGAGACUGUUAUUCGUAGUAUAGAUCCCACCAUGAAACGUGCUGGGGUACAAACUAUUAAAAAAGCUCAUGAACUUCCAUUUAAAGAGUAUGCUCGACUGGGACUGAAACGUGUUGGUCUUGACCCUGACACCCCUUUAAAUGAGGCCUCAGUGGAACACAUGCUCUCACAACAUCAAAAUGUAAUUGCAUUUUUUACCCUAGCUUUGCUGCUGGCACCUUUGGUGGAGACUCUUAUACUUCUUGACAGGAUCAUUUAUCUUCAAGAGGAAGGAUUUCAUUGUGAACUGAUCCCACUUUUUAAACCUAAAUUCUCACCUAGAAAUCUGGUGCUUGUAGCUGCUAAAAAAGACAAUUUUUUACAUGAUCUUUUGGAGGAGAUAAAGGCUAGUGAUGUAAGCUUUGACUGUAUUUAGUAAUCCAAGUAUAGUGAAACAAGUACAACAGAAAAGAAACACUAGCUAUUUUACAACUGCCAAUGUAUCUCAAGUGUUUAUUUUUUAAUAAAAUAUAAGUUUUGUUUUUAAACAAUA